GUAAUAAUUUUCCUUAAAACAAGUAUAAUUGUAGUUUAUAAGGAAAAAUCUGUUAUACAAUAUGACUUCAUCAAGCUGCACAGAUAAAAUUAAAUAUAUUUAUCAAUUGCCAUUUUUCGAACGAUCAGAAUUUUGCAAAAUACUUAAUCAAAAUGACAAGUGGGAAGAGUUAGCUGGAACAUGGAUGGAAUACGAUGUAUUGACAAUACAAUGUUUGCGAAAGGAAAAGAAUCCAACCGACGAAUUGUUAACAAUGUGGGGCCAUCAUAAUCAUACAAUAUUGGAAUUAUUUGUUUUAUUAUCCAGAAUGCAACAUUAUCAAUCUAUGGUGCCUUUAAAACCAUUUGUUGAAGUUAAAUUUCAUAAGUUACUUUAUAACGGAGAAGGUAACCUUCAGAGAGUAUUAGGAAGACGACUCAAUAAAAAUACUAAAGAUUUAAAGAUAGGUACACAAAAUUUUAAUCAAGUCGUACCACCAGAACCGAAUGUACCAAAACUUAUCAUUAAAUCAAACACCAAGGAAGAAUCUCUUAAAAUAUUAAACCAGCCUAUGCAAGCUAUGCAAAUUGGAAUUUCUCCAAGUAAUUCCAAUAACUUACUUGUUGCUUCUCUGGCAGCAGGCUAUCCUUUACCACCUUCUGCACAGAAUGAAUCAAGUAAUGGAAAACAUAACGAUAUAACUAUUCCUCGCACAGAAGCCACUCUACCACAUGCUACUUAUAAUGAAUUAUCCAUAGCUACCAAUGAAUGGAAUAAGCAUAAUAUACUAGGAAAAGGUGGUUUUGGAACUGUAUAUAGAGGUACUUGGAAAAAUACAGAUGUUGCUAUUAAAAAGAUAGAAAAAAGAGGAGUUGAUUCAGAUGAAAGUUAUAUACUACAGCUUCAGCAGUCACUUAGGGAGAUAAAGAUUUUGAAUUCUUGUCCACAUGAAAAUAUUUUACCAUUAUACGCAUAUAGUUUGGAUGGUAGAGCACCCUGUCUUGUAUAUCAACUAAUGAAGAAUGGAUCUUUGGAAGACAGAUUAUUAGUGAAACAGAAAAGUCAACCAUUAACAUGGAUACAGCGUCACGAAAUUGCUAAAGGAACUGCACGUGGUUUACAAUAUUUACAUACGAUUGGAGGAAAGCCCUUGAUACAUGGGGAUAUAAAAAGUGCUAAUAUUUUACUUGAUAAAAAUUUUGAACCCAGAAUUGGUGACUUUGGCUUAGCAAGAGAGGGCCCUGAAAAAGAUUCCAUAAAAGUGAGUAAAAUUCAUGGUACUAGACCAUACCUUCCAGAAGAAUUUUUACAUGGACGAAAAUUAUCUACAAAGGUAGAUACUUACAGUUAUGGUAUAGUUUUAUUUGAAUUGGCUACAGGUUUGCCCGCUUAUGAUGAAUCCAGGUUAGAAAACAAAUUUCUGAAAGAUUUUAUUGACAGCUGGGAAGAUAGAGAUCUCCCUUUAUUAAUUGAUAACAAAGCAGGUGAGAAAGACAGACAGGUUUAUAAUAAUUUAAUGGUUUUGGGAAAAUGGUGUGCUAAUCGCAUGGCACAAAAUAGGCCUGAAAUGGAUUAUGUAUUUAAAAAAUUGAAUGAUUUAUAAUUUUAUUGUGCUUUUAUUUCUACUGUAAAUUGUAGGAAGAUAUUAUUUGUUGUUAAAAGUGCAUUUAGAAUAUUGCAUACCGUGUAUAGUUUGAGAAUACAUAUGAUGAGUUAUCAGAUAUUACUGAUAUUAAAAACAAGCAAGUUAUUCCAGGCAAUAAAGUUAGAUGGGACACUGCACGCACACACCCACACACACGAAAGUAUAUAGUCAUUCUUAAUUUUCGUUUUAUUUUGGCAUGUAUUUAGAAUCACCUUUUAAAGUUUUUGAUAUCUACUGUGUGAAACGUCUGAUAUAUUCUGAUAUCAUGUACUCUGCAAAUGAUAUUACUUUUGAUAUUGUAAUAUGUAUUUUAUUGUUACAUUAUCACAUACGUUUUUAUUUAACAAACUAUUACCGAUUCCUAUGGAAUUCUUCUCUGUAAUUUUGUCAAAUUGCAUGGCUUGUGUUAGUUUUGUCGUCGGCAUAAGUUUUACUUUAUGAGUUAUACAUAAUUUGUAAAUACUCUUUUUAUUUGUACUUUGUCUAAGCAGAUUUUAUUUCAUUUUGUAGUAUUUACACUUAAACUGUAGAACUAUU